GGCGGGGGCGGGCCCGCGCGGCGCAUGCGCGCUGCAUUGUUUUGACUGAAAAUGCCGUCGGUUUCGAAAGCGGCGGCGGCGGCGCUGAGCGGGUCCCCCCCGCAGACGGAGAAGCCGACCCACUACAGGUAUCUAAAGGAGUUUAGGACAGAACAGUGCUCCCUGUUUGCGCAGCACAAGUGCACCCAGCACAGGCCAUUUACCUGUUUCCAUUGGCAUUUCCUAAAUCAGCGUCGGCGCAGACCGCUCCGCAGGCGCGACGGCACCUUCAACUACAGCCCGGACGUGUACUGCUCCAAAUACGACGAGGCCAGCGGCGUGUGCCCCGACGGCGACGAGUGUCCGUACCUGCACCGGACGACUGGCGACACGGAGCGCAAGUACCACCUGCGCUACUACAAGACCGGCACGUGCAUCCACGAGACAGACGCGCGGGGCCACUGCGUGAAGAACGGGCUGCACUGCGCCUUCGCACACGGCCCCCUAGACCUGCGGCCACCCGUGUGUGACAUCAGGGAGCUGCAGGCCCAGGAAGCCUUACAGAACGGCCAGCUCGGCGGUGGAGGGGGCAUCCCUGAGCUGCAGCCCGGCGUCUUGGCCAGCCAGGCCAUGAUCGAGAAGAUCCUGGGUGACGACCCCCGGUGGCAAGACACCAACUUUGUGCUGGGCAGCUACAAAACUGAGCAGUGUCCAAAACCACCACGCCUGUGUCGCCAGGGCUACGCGUGUCCCCACUACCACAACAGCAGGGACAGACGGCGCAACCCCAGGAGGUUCCAGUACAGGUCCACACCGUGCCCCAGUGUGAAGCAUGGCGAUGAGUGGGGCGAGCCGUCGAGGUGUGAGAGUGGGGACAGCUGUCAGUACUGCCAUUCCCGCACGGAGCAGCAGUUCCACCCCGAGAUCUACAAGUCUACAAAGUGCAACGACAUGCGCCAAACCGGCUACUGUCCUCGGGGUCCUUUCUGUGCCUUUGCGCAUGUGGAAAAGAGCCUCGGAAUGGCCAACGACUGGGGCUGCCGAGACCUCACCUCUGCCAGCAGCUCCUCGGCCAACAGCAGCCAGCCUGGAAACGCAAAGCGGAGGGACUCGCCUGCUGAAGGCAGCCAGAAAGCCAGUGAGCACGACAGUAAGCAGAACCACCUGGCGGUGUUUGCAGUGGUUCACCCACUUGCUCCCAGCGUGAGCUCCAGCGUGGCAUCCAGCCUGGCGUCCAGUGCUGGCUCCGGCGGCUCCUCUCCCACUGCUCUGCCCGCACUCUCGGCCCGUGCCCACCCGCUCGACCCCACCGGCAGUGCCCUGGAGUCCGUCCCAGGUUCUGCCUUAGAUCUCCAUCUUAGUGAUGUAAGCCUCACCCCCCUGGAUAAGGAGCUGGACGAACAGGACGGCAGUGACCUGGGACCUACAGGUCAGAGGCUGCCGGGGGGCUCGGCGCCCGUCACCAUCCCCGGCUGCCUGGCCCGCUCUCCGUCCCUGCACUCCUCGUCUUCCCUCUCCACCUCCCCACUCAGCUCGCUCUCCCAGUCCCUGUCGGGACCCCUGGUCUCCUCGGCCAUGACGCCCCCCCAGCAGCCACCGCCCCUCAAGUCGGAGCCCAGGGUGCUGGGCUCCUCGGCCUCGUCCUACAACUCCCUAGGUUUGAACGGCGUUCCCGGCAGCAUCUGGGACUUUGUUUCUGGCAGCUUCUCUCCCAGCCCAUCCCCCAUUCUGAACGCCGGCCCCGCGUCCUCUGCCAGCGCAAGUCCAAACGGCGCUGAGCUGGCCCGGGUCCGGCGGCAGCUGGACGAAGCCAAGCGGAAGAUCAGACAGUGGGAGGAGUCUUGGCAGCAGGUGAAGCAGGCUUGCGACGCGUGGCAGCGGGAGGCCAAGGAGGCCAAGGAACGUGCCCUGGCGGCCGACAGCGCCCGGCAGCUGGCGCUGCAGAAGAAGGAGGAGGUGGAGGCCCAGUUCCGGCAGCUGCAGGAGGAGCUGGAAGGCCGGGGCGUGGCCGCGCUGCCCGGGCUGCAGGGCUGCAGUGACAUUGGUGCCAUCCCACUGCCCAAACUGCAUUCGCUGCAGAGUCAGCUGCGCCUGGAUUUGGAGGCGGUGGACGGGGUGAUCUUCCAGCUCCGAGCGAAGCAGUGCGUGGUAUGUGGGGAGCGGGCCCGCGGUGCUGUCCUGCGGCCCUGCCAGCAUCGUGUGCUCUGUGAGCCCUGCGCGGCGGGCGCGCCCGAGUGCCCCUACUGUGAGGGCCAGCCCCUCCAGUGGUGACGACGGCCUCACUGCCUGAUGCCACCAACAUCGGGACCCGGCCCUGAGCUGCAGCCUCGGUGUCCUCGUGUCCUCCUCGCAGACCUCCAAGGCAAACCCAUGUGCCCACCGCAUGGGGUCUGGGCGGGCACAGUAAUGACACGGGGUUUGCGGUCCUGACGCUCCUGUGACCAUGUCCUGGGAGUUUGGGUCCCGGCCAAGCACUUUGUAAACCGAAGAAUUUAGAUGGACGGUCUAAGUUGCUAUAAGCUGCUUUCUAGGUUCAUGUUUUUUUAAUAUGCGACAAUAUGAAGCUUUAUAUGUGUACUGUGAACUUAAAAUAUUUCCUAUCAGUUUAUUGUUGAUUCAUAGUAUGGUAAAGAUAUUAGAUUUCAUAUUCUGAAAUUAGUACUUAUGAAAUGAGCAUUUAUCUAGUAGUGAAAAAUGCCUAGGAUUUUUACAGGUUUCGAAUUAAGUGCAAACAAAUAGUAUUUAUAGCAGAGUGAUUAUUGAAAGACACAUUUAGGUGUUUCUGGUUUUAGGAAAGGAACUCUCCCGAAACUCGUGCAUGUGCACACUAAUUGGAAUUUUGUAUCCCAACACCGUGAGGCGAGAGAACUCGAUCCCGCAUCUCUGACCUGUGGCCACUUUUCUAAGUGCCUGUGCCUUGCGGCUCAUCCGGUUUUCUCUCUUGAAACUCUAAGACAAUUUGAUACUAGUGAGAGGUGCAGCCACGUCCCGUGUGUCCGACGGGCAGCGGUGCUCCCCACCUUCCUGGAGCCGGCUGCCGGGCGUCCCAGCUGGCCCCUACACCUGGGACCACCGGGACUCCUGCCCGCGUGGGACAGGCUCACCCAGUGUUGGCAUGUUCCAGACUUUAGGGCGACACGUCUAGCCAACACUGUCGCCUGCUCUGUGCAUCCAGGUAUUAUGUCAUCUUUGUGACCACAGGUCGAGGACAGGACGUGAACGCUGUGCCGGGGUGACGCCCCGAGGACCUGGCUCUGCUGUGCGUCCCUCGGGCCUCAAGCAGCAGCCUGGCAUCAAGGCCGUGGCACAAAUACUCCUAAGAAUGGGUCUGAUCUUAGUGAUGACAAGAGUCUUCUCUGGUCUGCAGUGGGUCAUUUUUCCUAGAAACCUGGGAAGAAGUAAAAUAUGUCUGUAGUUUACCCAAACUUUGCUCUCGGCGAAGCAGAUCUAGAUUGCCGUGAGGAAAAUCUUUCCAGAAGCUGCCGCUGGGGGGCGGGAGCAGAUACCGGCCCCUCUGGCCUGGAAGUGAACACUGACACGUUUCUACUCGCCUGGGCCUUUGCCAAAGACUUUUAAUAGCAUUUUUUAAAGUGCAAAGUGACUAGGUAAAAAUUUUUAUCAGUGACCAAUCUAGAAUGUAUUUACUAUAUAGUAAGAAGUUUAAACCAUUUUUUAACGUUAAGACAAACUGUUAGAAAAGUCAUUUUAAA